UAUUUCCGAUUUUACCGUAUGAGCGGGAACGUAGCACCGCUACCAGGACGUUGUGAAGUAGCUAGUUAACGUUAGCUAACCGGUUACCGACAGCUGUUUCCAGAUUAAUAACGAAAUAAACAUGUCUUUUAAAAGGGAAGGUGACGACAGGAGUCAGUUGAACAUCCUGAAGAAACGGCGUGUGGCGGAUCUUCUGUCUCACUUUAUCCCAGAGGAUGAAGCGACUCUCGUGAAAAACGGAAGGUACGCUUGCCUUGUGUGCUCCUACUGUCCGAUGUUUGACACAGUGGAUACACUGACAGUCCACAGGAAUGGGAAAAGGCAUCUGGAAGGAUUGAAAGCAUUCUAUGGCAAGAAAGCAAGGUUGAGGAAUGAAAUAACAAAAAGAAAACAUGAAAAUUACGUCCAGGCUGAAGACACAAGACAGGAACCCUCCUGUUCAGCCCCUUUACUGGCACAAACACGGAUGCUUACACAUCACGCUUUAUUAAAGACUGUGCCAUACAACAGCUGCCACAGAAAAACCAGUACAAAAUCUGAAAAAGGACCACAGAGCAUCGGCUCAGAUCCCAGUGACAACACUUCCAGCUGCACAGCAUCAGAACAAGAAGAAGCAAGUCAGAAAACUGAAGGUUCUCACAGUUCAUUACAAAGCUCUAGUGGCUGCACAACAGCUAAAGGGUCCCAUCCAUCAGAGGACAUAAAAGGAGCUCAGGCUGCAGUGACACAGGAGGCGGAGCCUAUAACAGCCCAGAGGAGGAGAGAGCUGGAGCACUACCUCAAACUCAAAAGUGAGGGGUGGUUGCAAGACCGGAGCGGCAAGUGGGUUAAAGACGAGAACGUGGAGUUUGAUUCAGAUGACGAGGAGCCUCCUUCGCCUCCCCCUCUACCUACAAGUCACUGAGAGGACUAAGAACUGUGGGAAAACACAGAUUAAAAGUGGUACAUUUAGCCGGAGCGCUUUGUGCACUUUUAUUGAAUCCCAUGGUUUUCUGUGCUGAUUCUACAGCGCCCGUGUAAUCCUCGGACUCACCGGUGACCAUCAGCUGCAACUUUUAAUGCUUUUAUCUCAUCACAUAUGAUUCACAGAAUCAGACUUAACAAUAAAUGUCACUUCCUGUU